GAUUUAAAUCUUAAAUCCUUUAAAUCAUGAAUUUAAAAGGAUUGUUUCAGGAUUUUAAUCCAAGCAAGUUCCUCAUAUAUGUCUCCCUUCUGCUGUUCUCUGUGUUGCUGGCUCUGAAACUUGAUGGAGUUAUCCAUGCUAGCUACUGGGCUGUUUUUACACCUAUCUGGCUAUGGAAACUUAUGGUUGUCAUUGGAGCCUCCAUUGGUACUGGUGUGUGGGCUUGCAACCCCCACUACAGAGCUGAAGGAGGGAUGGGUGUGGAGUUCAAGGCUAUGUUAAUAGCAGUGGCCAUUCACAUUCUGCUGUUGAUGUUUGAAGUGCUGGUGUGUGACAGGAUUGAAAGGGGCACCUACUACUGGCUGUUUGUCUUUAUGCCCCUCUUCUUCGCCUCUCCUUUAUCAGUGGCUGCUUGUGUGUGGGGAUUUCGCCAUGACCGCACAUUGGAGCUGGAGAUAAUGUGCUCAGUAAACAUUCUGCAGUUCAUUUUUAUUGCCUUACGACUGGACAGAAUUAUCACUUGGGACUGGCUGGUGGUGUGUGUGCCAUUGUGGAUCCUUAUGUCAUUCCUGUGUCUGGUUGUGCUGUACUAUAUUAUCUGGUCUAUGCUCUUCCUCCGCUCUAUGGAUAUCAUUGCAGAGCAGCGGCGCACUUACAUCACCAUGGCUGUAAGCUGGAUUACCAUUGUGGUGCCACUCCUCAUCUUUGAGAUUCUGCUGGUUCAUAAGCUGGAUGGACAUAACAACUUAAGUUAUGUGUCUCUCUUUGUGCCUUUAUGGGUCUCAUUGGUCACUCUUAUGGCCAGCACGUUUGGACAGAAGGGCAGCAAUCACUGGUGGUUUGGUAUCCGCAAAGACUUCUGCCACUUUCUGCUGGAAAUUUUUCCCCUUCUGCGAGAGUAUGGCAACAUCUCCUACAACCUACAGCAAGUCGACUCUGAUGCUUUGGAGGAUACACCUACUGUCCCUGAACCAUUGAAAAUCCCUCCUAUGUUUUUCCACAAAGGUGUGGAGAUUAUGUCAUUUCCUGGUAAAUACUUUGACCCUCCACCCAAACUUUGUAUAGACAUUCCUGACUGACCGUCGUAAUAGCCUGAACAGGUGUUAUGAAAAAUGCUGUAGUAAAUUAUUAUUGUACAUACACUGAAAAAACAUUGGAUAAAAUUGACCAUAACAGAGAGAUUGUUUCAUUUAUGGAGUUAGUAUGCCACUACUCCUUAAGACAGUGGUCGAUGACCACCUUACUAAUACUAACUAUACUGUUUUAUUGAAAUGCCACUAUAGUGCCAUGAAAAGUGAAAAAAAUCUUUCUGAUAUUGUUUUGCAUAUUUGUCACAAUAAAUUUUAAAUAUUCCUACAAAAAUGUAAAAUAAGAAAAGCAGAACAUUAGAGAACAAAAUGCAGUGUUCACAGUAUUUUAUUUAUUAAAUGAAAAUAGUUACGGGUCACAUUCACUGAUGAGGCAAAACAUUAGGACCACCCCCAAAAAUGUGCUUGGCAAUUUGUUUUAUGUAACGAUUGUGCAUGUCACAAUUAAGGAAGUAUUAAAUGUUGGGCCGAUGUUAUUCAUAUUACACGUAUUUAAUGCAGCAGAUUAGAGCAGGUGUAACGACUUGUGACUUUGAUAGUGGUCAGAUAGACAACUGGGUUGAACUAUCCCAAAAACACCAAAAUAUGCUUGUAGGCAGCUGUGGUGAGUACCCACACACAGUGGUCAGAGGAGGGACAAUCCACAAACUUACAACAGGAUGUUGGGUGGCCAAGAUUCAUUGAUGCCAAAGGGUAGGAAGGCUAUUGCAUGUACUUUGUGUUUACUUGCUACUGUGGCUCAAAUUGCAUUGGUCUCUUCUGUGUAUGUAUCUGCGUAGUCGCAGGCCUGCCAAAGGGCUCAUCAUUGAAAGUGCUUAGGCAUCAGAAUUGGACAUUGUAACAAGCUUAUGUGGAUGUCUACACAUGUGUGCAUCAUUUAGCGGUGGAAGAAAUGGCACUAGAAACCACUGUAAGAUGAUCUAUCUCACAGCAUACAGAAGCUGAAGGACCUGCUGGUAAUGUCCUGGUACCAGAUAUCACAGGACUCCAUCAGAUUUCGUGUUAAGUUCAUGACUCAGCAAAUCAAAGCAGUUUUGACAGAAACUUUGGUGGGUGGUCCUAAUAUAUUGGCUCAUCUGUGAAUAUCACUUGUGGAAACAGUGAUAUACAUCAAACUUGUGACUCCUUUAGCAGAAAUAACCAAAACCACACAUAUGUAUAGUGCUACGCAAUGCAUAAAAUACAGCUGAGCUUGUUGCCAGCUGGUGUGGUGCCUCCUGUAUUCCUUAGUGAACUGAAUUUUAUGGCUAAAUCAAAAUCAAAUAUUUCUUCUUUGAAUUCUACAGAUUUUUGACCUGGAAAUAGUCUGAAUACUUUGCUAAUACAGUAAGCAACUAAUAUAAACAUUAAUGUCUCCUUCUGAUUGAUUACAAUUCACAAUUAAAUGACACAUGAUCUGUACACAUUUUACCUAGAAUACAAUUUUUGUGAUGUUUUUAAACAUAAAAUCAAAUAAAUCCAAAUCCCACACCUUACUUCUACUUACACAUCUGUGUAGGUUCGCUCCAAGGCAGAUUACUGCAUAGCAAAGGUUGUCUCACUGCUGUGUAAAAAGUUCCAUCUAGCUCCAUUGUUGUAUUCAUUAAUUGCUUUUUUAUGUUUUUUAUGCAUAUACAAUAAAUUCAGAAAGUAUAUAGACCCCUAUACUUUUUGCAUGUUUUUCGCGUUGUGGAUUUGAUUUUUAAUGGAUAUAAUGGACUUUUUAUUUAUCAUUCUACACUUGGUCACCCAUAAUGAUAAACUAAAAACAUAUAUAUAUAUUAUGUCCAAUCAUUUCCAGCUGCAGGACAGGGACUGCAUGUACCUUACAGUAAUUUGGAGUCUCACAGCAAAUGGGUCUGAAAUUUUGAAGUUUGAAGUGUAAAUUAAUGGGUAAACAUAGCAAUUAUCUCCAUUCUUGAUUAAAUCAUCAUCACAAUAGCAAAAGGUCUGAAUACUUUCUGAAUCCAAUGCAAAUUCCUACAUUGUACAUAAAGUAUCUGAUUUUAAUUUAUUUAAUUACACACUUUAAGGGAAACCCCACUGGUUGGUGGUAUGGUAAAUUUAUUCAAAUCAAAUCUUUUACAAUAAAGAAAAUGCAGGAUGUACAAGUUUGAGAUCAUGUUUAGCAGGUCUGAGUCUCAAAAACAUGUUGCUGUCUUAACUGGACCAAUUCUAAGAGUUCCUUUUAUUCCAAUAUUAGUAGAAACCAACAGUGAACCAUUUUGCCACUUGUUAAAAUACUUUCUUAACUGUUAUCAUUUAACUGCUGGUCUUAUUAAAAACCUAUUUAAUGCCAGAAGCUAUGCAUCUGCAUGUUACUGUACAUUCUGAAUCUUUUUGUAAUUAAUGUAAACCUGACAGUAAGGUUUUGUCCUUACUCAUUCUUACUGCCCUCUAGUAUUUGACAUGUACUCUUUGGAUUUUCAAAGUUUCUGCAAUUUCCUUCGGGAUCAAUAAAGUCUUAUCUUAUCUUA